ACAAGAAGCAGCUGCAGAGAAAGAGCUGAGAGAAUGGAGUGGGCAACUCUGGCUGUGGGCCCAGAGAAGCAGCUGGUCCCUAUGGGGCCACCCCCAGACAUGGGGGGCUCCGUGGGUCCCAGGGUACAGUCAAGGGACAGGCCUCUGCCCUGGCAUCACCCCUGCCCUUCCCGGGGAGAGGUCUUGCCCGGGUUUAAGAGGAAACAGAACUAGGGCCUAGGCUUCCCCUCCCCCAGUAUGUUCGCUCACAGAGACUCAAGGCUUCUGCCCGUCCUCCCCCCACCCAGAAAUUCUCUGCUGCCAGCAACCUCAGCUAGGAUGCACACCUCUCUUGUGAAUUUUUCUGUUUUCCGUGGCUGCCUCAGUCUCAGGUUUAGACCAUCCAGGACCCAGAUCCACUGUGUCUGGCUCAGAAAGCCCCUGUCUCCUCCCACCUCCCUAGCACUCCAGCGCCUCUUUUCCCUUCGACCUCAGCCAGCGCACGGCACGGGCCUGGAGGACAAAUGUCACCCUGGGGGCGCCCCUUCACCCCCCACCCAGCAUCUCGAUCGUCAGAGCCACCUUCCUCACCCUCCCCACCCCCAGCAUCCGGAAGCUAUGAGGGACCCCGUGAGUAGCCAGUACAGCUCCUUUCUUUUCUGGAGGAUGCCUAUCCCAGAACUGGAUCUGUCGGAGCUGGAAGGCUUGGGUCUGUCAGAUACACCCACCUACAAGAUGAAGGACAGCAGCGCUGGCAACGUGACCGGGCAAGCACCUGGAGCAGAGCGGGAGAAGAACCUUGAGGGUGACGCGCUCCUUGAGUACAGCACCUUCAACUUCUGGAGGGCUCCCAUUGCCAGCAUCCACUCCUUUGAACUGGACUUGCUCUAAGGCCGAGACCUCUCUCCCACCACCUUUCCCUCAUUGUCUUGCCUUUCCAUCCCUCUCCCAUUUUAAUCUUGUUCUUUCUCCCUCUGUUGUGUUGGUGGUGCUGAUGAAUCUGCCAGAGUUGAGUUGUAUUUAUUUAUUUAUUUAUUUAUUUAUUUAUUAUUUAUCUAUCUGUUUCUCUCAAAAGCCCUCAAGGCACAAAGUAAAGGGUUCAGGCAAUGGAAUAUUGGAUCACAGGGAUUCCUCCUUUUUUCCCUCAAAUGUUAACUCUAGCUAGCAGGGGAUGCCAGAGAGUAGUAUAGUAGGGCAACAUGUGAGACUGUUUUCUAUUCCAUUUUGAUCAGCUUCAGAAAUUGUUCAGACUUUCUUAGUUUCUCGCUCCAGGCCAGUAAGCAAAUACUUCUUAAAGGUUGAUGAAAACCUUAGAAGUUUUAAUUUGAGAUGAUCUGUUACCAAACAGGAUUUCUAAAAGGUCCUUUUUUAUUUUUAUUUUUAUUUUUAUUUUUGAUCCUGCUCCUUCUUGUAAAAAUACUUUUUCUCAAAGAAACUAGGGGUAAAGGUAUAAAAGAUGAGAAUAUGUCAUGGAAAAUGAAUUUGGGGAAAGCAUUCAAUCAGAAAUAGCUAAACUCUUUCUUUCUCCAAAGAGUGUUCCUUCUGUAAGCCUACUCACUUCACAACUUUGUUCUUAAUGGUUUAAAAAACUCUGAGGAAAAUCAGAUUUCUAAUCUCAAAAUGCAAUCUUGCUGAGUGUUACGAUAAUCUGUAAGGUUUUAACUUCUAAAAGUAUUUUUGUUUUGCCCUCCUGCACUUGCAAUGUCAGUCAUCAGUGGGCCUCCAGCACAUGAAAUAAACGAGUACAUUCUCAUCCUACACCAAAAUUAUUGCUGCUGAUCUGUGCUGCCAUUUCCUCAUUUAUAUAAUAAAGACAUUCAACCCCA